AUGUUGUUGUUGUGGGUGAAUUUUAUUGGCGCUGUUAUUGCCCUCGACAAUGGAUUAGCAAGGACUCCUCCAAUGGGUUGGAUGUCAUGGACGGCAUUCUAUUGUGAGAUGGACUGUGUGAAACAUCCGAAAGCAUGUAUAAACGAGAAUUUGUAUAUGGAAAUGGCCGAUGAACUUGUGAAGGGCGGUUAUCGAGAAGCCGGUUACGUGAAUGUCCAUGUGGACGAUUGCUGGAUGGGCAGAGAACGAGAAAAGUCAAGCGGACGACUAAUCGCUAACACAACACGAUUUCCCAGUGGAAUUCAAAAUCUUUCAAGAUAUAUGCACGCUAGGGGAUUAAAUUUUGGUAUUUAUGAGGAUUAUGGGACGAAAACAUGUGCAGGUUUCCCGGGAAGCUAUGGUUAUCUUAAGAUAGACGCAGAAACAUUUGCUGAAUGGGAAGUGGACUACUUGAAAUUGGAUGGUUGCAAUAUCGACACGGAUCUUAUGCCGAAAGGAUAUGCUGAUAUGGAAUUAGCUCUAAAUGCUACCGGUCGACCAAUAGUUUAUUCGUGCAGCUGGCCUGCUUACUUGAUUGACCGUCCCGAAAAGGUUGAUUACAACACCAUCGCAAAAAGCUGUAAUCUUUGGCGAAAUUUCGAUGACAUUAACAGUUCAUGGAAAUCGAUACUGAGCAUUAUUGAUUACUAUGAUCAUAAUCAGAACAAGCAUAUACCAACACAUGGGCCUGGACAAUGGCAUGAUCCGGACAUGCUUGUCAUUGGAAAUCCGGGGAUUACUGUCAACAUGGCUAUUGCGCAGAUGACAAUCUGGUCAAUUUGGUCGGCUCCACUAAUUAUGUCAAACGAUCUUCGUAUUAUCGCUCCAGAAUUUCGGAAAAUUCUUCUCAAUCGUGAGGUUAUUGCAAUUGAUCAAGAUCCUAUGGGUAGAAUGGGACGGCUAGUGGCUAACGUCUCAGGCGUCGGCGCCUACGUGAAACCAAUUACACCUCUUUAUGAUACAGAUACUUCAUUCGCUCUUGGCUUUCUCAAUCGUAACACUAAACCUAAUGAGGUUGAAUUUAAACUGCGAAAUAUGGGCCUUGAAAAUCCAAGAGGAUACAUGGUGAAGGAUCUAUGGAACGAUAUGCCGACAAUGAAAUUAUUCCCGGACAACAUUUUACGGAUAGUCGUACCACCAACUAGCGCCGCAUUAUACCGUGCUGAAUUGAUCCGACCGAAACGAUGGGUGGAAAAGAAUCAAAUGUAUGAAAUGCUUACAAACAAGGAGCAGCUUAUGAAACAGCAUUCCUCUCGAAUCCCAGAAGCAUCGGAGGAGACACUUCUUGGGGUGGAGGUCAGAUUUGGCUUCCAUCGGCGGGUCUUCUCCUCGACAGAGCUGAUCGGUACGAAACUCUUCUCGAUGCGGACGAAAACUCGUCGCAAGACAGCGGGCGUUGAUCUCCGGAUCCUCUCACACAGCGUCGAGAAUGGCAGAGUCUUCGACGAUGUGGGAGCGUCCUUAUCGGGACUUUUCUUCGAAGUCGGUGUCUCCGCUUGCGAAGAGAGCGAGCCAGCGCUUGACAGUCCUGAUGGUAGUGGUGCCCUCGCCCAAUCUUCUGUUGAUGUCGUGGGCUGCUGCCGUUGCUCCAAUGCCGCCAAGCCAUUCACAGAAGAUGAUAGCUCGAAGUUGCUCUAA